AUGAACAAGCUAAGUGAGUCCAGUGAAGUUGUCUUUACUACUGGUCGUGUGAGUAAUUUCUUCAGUAAUCUGACCAACCAAGAGGAGCAAUUUAUUUACAAAGAUGUCAACUUGAGUCAUAUCGAACAGGCAAAAAACAGCCUUAAAUCAGCCAAUGAUGACAUCCUCUCUACUAUCAUUGAAUGUUUCAAAGGAAGAUUUGAUGAUAUUACCAAUACCGACAAUCUGUUCAAUGCUCUUGUGAAGAUUUUAGACACUGAAGUCUAUCCAGAACAAGGACUUGAUGAUGUUUAUGGUGAAGAUGAAGUGAAGUUGGUAAUCGACAGGUUUUGUGACUUACUCAGUGCAAACGGUUGUGAUGUCAUGAAAAUUGAAUGUGAGUGGGAUGAGCUGAAGCAAUUGGUUGUGACAACUGGAUUAAAAACCAUGACAUAUGUUGAUGUCUGGGCAAAGCUUUUCAGUUCUUCAAAGAAAGAAUCUCUGAGCAACAUCCUACAUGUUGCUGAAAUUCUCCUGGUUGUUCCAAUCAGUAACGCAACUCUUGAGCGCAUGUUCUCAACAAUGAAUCGUAUCCACAGUGAUUGGAGAAAUUGCUUAGGAGAAAAGAGGGUUGAGAAUCUGCUAAGAAUUUGGGAGGAAGGGCCUGCACCAGAAAAAUUUGAUGCACAACCAGUGCUUGCAAGAUGGACUGAGAAAUGUGCCACACAACGAAGGCCUAACGUGAGGCCAAGUGGGCCGAGAGCAUCUGGUUCUAAGACUAAAAGAAACUGCCUGAAUCUCAGGUUGCUGAAACUGUGA